CAGAAAAGUACAUGUACAAAAGUAUCAGACAAUCGCGUAUAUGACGCAAGUUCAAAGACGCGGUAUAAUUUGGGUCAGUGUGUCUUGGGUAUAUGUACUUACAUCAAGUGGUUGCGAGGUGAAGAUGUGUGUACUCUUGGUGGAAUUCUUCGGGAUUUUAGUCGCUGUGUGCCUUUGUUUACUCGUUUCUGUGGCAUGGCAUAUUCAUCGACAACAUCAAAAGUGUGAUCAUCUACCUGGGCCUCCCAGGGACAGCUUCUGGAGUGGACACAUCCGGUCGAUCGAAAAGAUGGUUGCUGCUGGUGGCAUUAUGGAUGACUACCUAAUAGAAAUUUCCAAAACUCAUGGACCGGUUUUCCGUCUCUGUAUGUGGCAUCAAGUUGUUGUCUUCGUUUCAGAUCCGGAAUGCAUAAAGGAUGUUCUGGUAACUGGAAAUCAUCCAAAAUCGAAGCGGAUGUAUUCUAGAUUGAGCAACAUGUUUGGUACAAGGUUUAUUGGCAGGGGAAUUGAAACGGAGGUCGAUAAUAAGAUCUGGGUUCUGCAGCGAAUACAGCUAGACCAAUGGUUCAAACCACACUACAUUCGACAACUUGCAUCUGAAUUCAACGAGUUUGCUGAUCGCUUCGUAGAGUACCUUGAAACCAAAGCGAACGGCAAGACAGAGAUACACAUGUUGGAUACGUUUAACAAACUGGCGAUGCAUCUGUUGUAUAAGGUAGCAUCCAGUAUAGACCUGGGACCACUAACGGAUGAGAACCAUCCCUUUGUAACGAAAAUGAAGACAACAAUUACAGGAUUUGCGACGCUUUUGUCAGACCCUUUGGUAGCUAUAAAUCCGUUCAAAUGGAGAUUUCGCCGGGAUGUUCGAGAUGCUAUUAAAUAUAUCAGGCAAAGCGCCAGACAAAUGAUGACAGACAGAAAUGUAGCGAAACGAAACGGCGAUUAUGUUCCCCACGAUCUGUUGGAGUAUAUAAUGGAACUAAAAGAAAAACACCCAUCAAAAAUGACGGACGAAAUAUUGUUGGAUAAUUUUCUGACAUUCCUUUUGGCAGGACAGGAAACAACCGCAGCCACCUUAAGUUUUAUUAUUAUCCUUCUCGCAAAGAAUCCAGAAUGUUACAAAAAGCUACAAAAGGAAAUUGAUGACAACAUUGGCGCAGUGUCUGUGGUCACCCUGAAUGAGCUUGAGAAGUUACCCUACCUAGAUAUGGUGCUAAAGGAAACACUCCGGCUUUAUCCUGUUGUUAAGGUUUCCUUUAGAGAGACAACCACUGACUACAAGCUUGGCGGUCACCAUAUCCCGGCCGGAACUGACAUGGUAAUAAGUUUCUACGCGACGUCCAGGUCAGAGCAAAAUAUAAGACAACCCUUGGAUUUCUUGCCGGAACGAUUCGACAACGACAGUUCAGAGAGAAUAAGCAAAUAUGCGGUCACACCAUUUUCAGCCGGACCCCAUACAUGCAUCGGGAAAAAAUAUGCAGAGAUGGAGAUGAAAAUCAUCAUUGCCAAGAUCAUGCAGAAUUUCGACUUCGAACUGAUUCCCGGACAAACUAGUGAGGUACAAGGCAACGUAUUUAUACAACCGAAAAGUGAAGUCAAGUGUUUCCUCCGGCCGCGGAAAACGGUAUCAGCGUGAUGAGCAAAACCUUUGAUAACUCUCAUGUGUCUAAAUGCAUCGCUAACUGGUUGCAGACACGCAAAGACACACUUCCAGUAUCAUUUUUAAUGAUAUUUGGUUAUAUCAAAAGCGAGAACAAAAUCCAAUAUCUCAAUUAAAACAAAACACACACAUGCUUGUUUUCUAACAUGUGUUCUAGAUUAAUGGAGAUAAGAAAUAAACGGACAAACAACCACUGAAACGGUUAUGUCAUGGCCCAGACAGUAAUUUAUGUUUUGGGUCCGCAUUUGCUUUGGCAAGGUGAAUACAUCUGAAACAAGGAGCAGUUGUAAAACACAUCAUAGACUUAAGAACAGCCCGUCUGUCUGAAUAGAACAGUUAUAAUCAUUGUUGUUAUUAUGUUAUCAUGAAUUGUAAAUGUAUUGUUUUUAUUAAUACCCCCAAAGGAAAAAAGAUCUAUUAAUUGUUGAUCUUUAACUUAUUUAAUGACAACUAAAACAUUUUAUUUUGAUAUAUAACUAGUGAAUGUCGCAUGAAGGCAGUUUAUGAAGGAUAUAAAGAUAACGAAUGACAGCAGCCUCGAUAACACUUGUGAACGACUGAAUAAGGCCUUGGAUCACACGUAGCUAUUAACAAAUUGGCCUUGGAUCACACGUAGCUAUUAACAAAUUGGCCUUGGGUCACACGUAACUAUUAACAAAUUGGCCUUGGAUCACACGUAACUAUUAACAAAUUGGCCUUGCAUCACACGUAACUAUUAACAAAUUGGCCUUGGGUCACACGUAACUUUUAACAAAUUGGCAUUGGAUCACACGUUACUAUCAACAAGUUGGCCUUGGAUCAUACGUAACUAUUAAUAAAUUGGCCUUGGAUAACACAUAACUAUCAACAAAUUGCCCUCUGAUCACACGUAACUAAUAACAAAUUGGCAUUUGAUCACACGUUACUAGUAAGAAAUUGACCUUGGAUCGAACGUUACUAUUACCAAAUUGGCAUUGGAUCACGCGUCAUUCUUACCAAAUUGGGCCUUGGGUCACACGUAACUAUUAACAAAUUAGCCUUGGAUCACACGUCACUAUUAACAAAUUGGACUUGUAUCACAUGUAACUACUUACUAAUUGGCAUUGGAUCACACAUCACUAUUUACUAAUUGGCCUUGGAUCACACGUCACUAGUUACUAAUUGGACUUGUACCACACGUCACUAUUUACUAAUUUGCCUUGGAUCACACGUCACUAUUUACUAAUUGGCCUUGGAUCACAAGUAAUGAUUAAUAAAUUCGCCUUGGAUCACACAUAACUAUUAACAAACUGGCCUUAGAUCACACGUAACUAUUAACAAACUGGCCUUGAAUCACACGUCACUAUUAACAAAUUGGCCUUGGAUCACACGUCACUAGUUACUAAUUGGCCUUGGAUCACACGUCACUAUUUACUAAUUGGCCUUGGAUCACACGUCACUAUUUACUAAUUGGCCUUGGAUAACACGUAACUAAUAACAAAUAAGCCUUGGCUCACACGUCACUAUUAACAAAUUGGCCUAGAUCAAACUUACCUCUAAUUACGGCCAAAUGUAUAUCUGUUAACGGAUGUGAGGUAAAUAAAUGUUUGUUGAGUGCAUAUUGGAAUUGGAAUUGGUAGUGGUAAUUGUGAUGAACACGUAGUUUAAACGUGUUCUCUUGAAAUUGAGAUCUUUUUCACGUGCUGUAGUGAUGUGUAUUAGAACUCCACAUUAAUGAACAGGAGUUGGAUUAGUUUGUGGGGCGUUAUCAAAGAUUGCUAUUUAACGAACUACUGGCACACAAACUCACCGCACGUGUGUCAAGCCAUGGAGAUGUUACGGAAUACCAGUAGUAAUGUAUAAUUGCAUACUUCCAAGAAAAUGUACUUACCAAAUUGAUUCCAUAUAUCAAAGCAUGUAUUUGUUACUGUACACAUAGUAUGCUCUAGAAGAAAGGGCAAGUGAAAAUAAUAAAAUAUUUAUCAU